AUGGGUAAUGGCUCAUUCUUUUCUUCAAGUAAACAAAGCAAGACCGACAAUCAUAUGACAAUUAACGAUAUAGAUCAACGUUUGGCACUCGAUUUUCUAUACAUUGAUCAAAAACAAUGUAUAACAAUAGAGAAUCGCAUUCGUUUUCUACCAAAAAAUACAAUUAGCACAGUUGUUAACGAAUUUCUAGCGCUUGAAGAACAAAACAUGAUUUCUUCCGACAAAGUUGUUUUGGUUUCGAUCUCUCUGGGUGGACGGAACUAUGUGGCGCCUAAACGAAAUGCUCGCAUAACAUUGCAAGAAUUGGAAAUAAAAAAUGGAUCUUUAUUAUGUUGUGAACCAUUAGAAAUUGGUAAUCGUUGCAAAUCAUCACAACUGAUCUUGUUCUCACCAUAUGAUAAGGGAAAGAAAAAAUGCGAAUGGAACGAGAAAUCCACAACAGUUAACAUGCUUCUCAAUGAAGUCAUCAGAAUCUUUGCUUUGAAUUCUAUUGAUCACAAGAGUAUUCAACUGUAUACGUUCUUAAAUGAAAACCUCAAUCGACCAUGCAACUCCGAAAAGAAAUUAAGCGAAUUUCGUCUUACUAAUUAUUCUUCAAUUUUUGUAGCAAUUAUGAAAUCUAAUCCUUUUUAUAAUUAUGAUCAAGACAUAAAAGUUCUUGUCACGAGUAAUUUACAUGGUAGUACAUUAUUAUAUGCAUCACUUACAGACUCCAUUAUUGAGCUAGAAAAUCAGAUUUUACGUCGAUUCCUACCAUAUUAUGAUAUACAUGUCGAAUUCAAGAAUUUAGAAAAUGAAUCUUUAAUUCUAAAUGAUUCGAAACAAAUGUUACGAGAGUUGGGCAUCAAGUCUAAUGAUACCAUUAAUGCGAUUGUUAGAGAGAAUCUUCGAAAAAAACAAACGACGACUAUGGAAAGAAGAAUCCAUAAGUUGCAAUCGCCAUUGUUGGAUACAAAAGAGCGCUCAGUCUAUGUCCAAUGCAAAUUCUCGACACAGAAGCCUAUUACUAUUGAGGUAUCGGCGGCGGAUACAGUGGCUAAAGUGAUGGCUGAAAUCACAGCGCUUAAAAAAGACGAGUCAAGAUUUCAGUUUCGAUUAUAUUCAGAAACGAUUGAAAUUGACGACAAGCAACCGGAUCGAUGUUUGGCUGAUUUUGGCAUCAAACCUGGUAAUAAAAUUUAUGCGAAUAUGAUAGAUACACAUUCAAACAAUUCCUCUAUUUCAAACAGCCAAAUUGACAUGUUACCUAGACCACCGAACACAUAUCAGAUUAGUUCAAAGCCACUUGGCUUAGUUAAUCUUGGGAAUACAUGUUUCAUGAAUAGUGCACUUCAAUGUCUCAUCCAUGUAGCACCGUUGACUAAGUUUUUUUUGGACGGUUUUGCUCGAGUUUAUACAUCUGGUGAUCAUCAAGAUGGUUACAAUCCAUUUGAUUCAUGUGGUGACAUGACAGGAGCUUAUGCUGAACUAAUAUGGAAUAUGCGACGACCAAGUCGUACAGACUCAGAUUACAUAAGUUCAUUUAAACCGACACGAAUGAAGGAAACAAUAGGUUAUUUUGCUCCAAGUUUUGCCACAUCGGAUCAACAAGAUGCUCAGGAAUUCAUCACGUUUCUUCUCGAUGCUAUGCACGAUGAAUUAAAAGAGAAAAAUAAACCCGAUCGAAAUACAAUUAUUCAACAGCUCUUUUUCGGAACGCUUUUAUCAAAAGUUACUUGCCUUAAAUGCAAACAUGUACAAAGUACAACAAAUCACAUUGCCUUUCUUCCACUAUCACUCAAUCAUCAACAACGAUUAUUUGUAAUAAAUUUUAUCACGAAAGAUGGCAUUCAAGAUCGUACAUCAGUGAGUGUAGCUUCCAAUGGACGAGUCGAAAAUCUUGUGCAACGAUUUAUUGAACUUAAUGAUCUUGAUCAUCUCUUUAAUCGAAUCGUUGCCAUAGGAAAGAAGUCAGAAGAACAACUUCAGUUCGAAACACCACUCAGACAAUUAUCCGAAGACGAAAUAACACUUAUUGAACAAGAUCAUUACAUAAGUUGUAUUCAAUCUAAUCGAUUCGAUGAGGAGCUGAUUAAUUUGAAAAUUGAAGAAUGUCUUCAAGGAUUUGUUUCGCCCGAGACACUUGAUGAUCGAUGGAUUUGCCAACAAAAAACAUGUCAGCAAAACACUCCCGCUACCAAACAACUUCAAUUUAAAAGUCUUCCACGUGUUGUCAUCAUUCAACUUAAACGAUUUUCAUAUGCAAACGGCUUGCGUCGAAAACUAGACACACUUGUAGAUUGUCCGACUGAUGGACUUGAUUUAAGUGAGCUCCUAUCAUCAUUAUCAAAAAACGAAAAGGCCAUCUAUGAUCUCAUAGCUGUUAGUAACCAUAUUGGAUCUAUCUAUGGUGGUCAUUAUACUGCAUAUGCACGAGAAAAGCCAAGUACAGAUGAAUGGUACGAAUUCAAUGACUCCUAUGUUUCAACAAUUUAUUCAAAAGAUCAAAUCAUAUCAAAAGAUGCCUAUCUUCUUUUCUACAUUAAACGAACGAAAUAG